CGUACCGUCAACACCUACUUAUCGCCGGUGAGCGCGUUGACUUGAAAAGCUUGCGUAGACUUAGGGAAGUAGAACUCGCACCCUCAUGGAAAAUAUUUCUAGUUUGAGCAAGUAUCUUCUACAGCCAGGUAGGAUGUCACGCUUUAAUUAUCAUGAUUUUAAGACGUUCCAUGAGAGGGAAUUGAGUGACCUGUACUCUGAAAAACUGCAAACUGACAAGAAAGACGAGAGUCCUCAUGAAUUUUUGGGAACAAGAAUCACUGAAGUUCAAGAGCAAGAACAAGAAAACGAGGAUAAAGAGCUUACAGAGGAAGUCCGAGAUACAACGACGCCUAAACAUGACAGUGACGAUGAAAUAAAGAAUGACCGCGGGAAAUCAACGGAUGAAGACAAAACCAAAGGCUCCAAAGAAGACGAACGUAACUCAGAGACGUUUGUUGCUGUCAUCGCACAAGCAAUUCUCAGCGUCCCCACAAAGCGAAUGACUCUGAGUUCUAUCUACAAUUUUAUCGCACGGAACUAUCCGCAUUUUGACAAAGAGAAAGGACCAGGCUGGAGAAAUAGCGUGAGACAUAAUCUGUCCAGUAAUGACUGCUUUGUAAAGGCUAGCAGAGCCGAAAACGGAAAGGGACAUUACUGGAUGAUCCACCCGAAAGAUCUACCAGAGUUUGCUAAAGGGAAUUUCAGACGACGCAGGAAACCUCGCCGUCCCAAGUGUAGCCAUCCUCUCAUGUUUAGAGAAACUCCAUUCCUUUAUCAUUCAUUUUCACCAAGCUUCUCAACAUUCCCCUACACGGCGCAUUUGAGAUCAGCUCCUGGUGAAGUUCCCACUGAAUUACCUGUACCUUUACCAUACAGCUCUACGGAGCGCACAUUGUCGCCUGCUUUCCGUCCAAGACUUGGCCUUUUGCCGGGGUAUGAUGAUGGUAGGGCUUUAGGCACCGGAUCCCAUGCGUUCACCUACUCGACAUCUGCGCUGAGAUUAGCCGAAGCAUCGACCGCCAGGAGCUUUCCAACAGCCAGUGGAUUGACAAACUUCCAUGGCUGUUUUCAUUAUCCGUGUGCGUGUCAUCGUUAAAUGAACACAGCAUAAAAAUCUGGAUUUAUGGCGAACAUUUUCCCUCCGGUUCGCAUAAUUUUCAAGAAAAACGUUAACUUGUACACAUUGCCACUUUCACUGAUGUCGCCAGAGUGGCAAUUAUUCUAACGAUAAUCAUAAAAUUUAUUAGAUUAGAAUUUAUCUACACCGCAUACAAAUUAUUCAGUCGACUGUUGAAUUCAGAUAUUCUUGAGUCGAGGGAAAAGUUACUAGAUUGCGCAAGUCCUAUUUAUUUCAUAGCUUUUUAUUGAACACAUUUUAUUGAAACACUAUAGCCUGGCAAGUUUAAGAAUUUAACUUAAAGAUAAACUUAAUUUAAACUGAAGUAGCUAACAAGAUGAGACUCUGAGUGCUUUUAGCGUUUUAAUGGUUCAAGGAAUACUUCCGCUAAUCUGUUGAAGUUUGUAAAUACAUUUGUGAAAUUAGUGUUUGAUCGGAUCCGUUUAUGUACAAAGAGGACCUUAGUUUAUCACGACCAAUAAAAAUUCUAAAUGAAA